AUGGAGUUUGAUGGUAUACUGAGUGAAGAUCAGAUUGAUGUUCUGUCUACUGAGUACCUAGUGUUACUCACUCUCAGUGUGAUUGGGAGUUUUUCUGUCCUGGUGGUUUCCAUGGUGAGAUGGAGGCACCUAAAAGAACAGGUCCACCUCCUGGUGCAGCUCGCACUGGCAGACCUCCUGGCUGCUCUGAUCCUUUUGUCCACCAGUGUCAUGAACAAAAUGAGCACUGACAACAGUGUAGUCAUCUGCCAAUACAGCCUGCCGCUGUCCCUGACAUUUUAUUUAAUUUCAUUUCUGCUGGUGGUGGUUUACGCAUGGAAGUCAAAGAAUGCAAUCCAAGGGUGGAGAUCAAGACCCACAGAGGAUGAGGGGUUGCAGAGUCGGUGUAGAAGGAAAAUAAUCGCAAUACCUGUAUAUGCCAUUGUGUGGUUGAUCCCCAUUGUGAUGUACUUAGCAUAUGUUCUCAUUCCAAUUAUAAAAUCUACCGCGCUGAUUCCAGUCACUGGUAGACCAUUGAUCGUCCGUAAUGAUAGCAAAUACUGCACCAGUUGUAUUUUGUUCUUGCAUGUCUUGAGGGAUCCCUGCUCCGAUACUGAAAGAAUUCAUGACACUUUCAUCAUGAUUUUUCUUUUCCUCAUUGUGAUACCAGUGAUGUUGUCUUGCUCUGUCAUUUACUAUAAGGUUGGUAAAUGGUAUGAAAGACAUGAGCAGGAGGGGCUAUUUCCUGUGGAGGGAGAUGGACGUUCAAGUAGGAGAAUCAAAAGAGUGUUUUCUACAGCAAGAAAUAUGGUGUUAGUCAUCUUUUUCUGCUGGGCACCAGCUCUUUUCCUCAUUCUACUGUCUACCCUGAUGAUCUGGACAGAUAUUGAACAACACAGCCUAUUUGGCCUUUAUAUGAUACAGGCUGCCAGUGUGUCCCUGCAAGGCUUCCUGAACAGCAUGGUUUACGGUUGGAGACGGCCCAACUUCACCCAGGCCGUUCUUGGGGAGAAUACACCUCUGGUGGAACACCAACAGCUGGCCUUCUUUGAAGAAUCACUGAGAAGUUCGUUUUAA